AUGCUGACAAAGUGGGACGUGAGCGAACGUCUAAAGAGGAAUGUAAGGACAUGCAAGGACUGUUGCGAAGUUCACUUUUCCCGAUCACGAGGAGCGGAGAUCAACGUGAGGGAGUGGGCGGCGUGUACAAAUCGACAGAGCUGCAAGUCAGUUGUUGUGGUUGUGGUUGUGGUUGUGGGAUGGAGCUACGUGGAGGGAGCGGGAGAGGACGAAGCGAUCAACGGAGUUUUGGCAUCUUUCCUCGCUGCUCCGCAGACACUCUUGCGACUGCCCACCAGCCAAACCGACAGAGCCGCCAUCUUUGUCGACUGGCUGCGUUGGAAGGACUGCCACGAGAACGUUAAAGUAAGCCUUACGGCGCGAUCUGUUUUCGGCUUCACUCCAUUCCGUCAUAAUAGGCCGGGCUGGUGUGACAUAAACUCUUCUUUUUUCAUUCACUUUCUUCAUCUCCUUCUUCACUCGAUUGGCGCCUGA